AUGAACCGACAGAACCCGGGACAGGGCACGCUGAGCAUGGCUUAUUACUCUCGGAAGCGACCUGCUGCCGUUCUUGAUGAGAGCGAGGACGACCAUGAAGCGGACCAGCACACCACCAGCGCCUUCAAAAGGCGGGGGCAAGCUCCAGCAAAGGCGUCAACUAAACACAUGGUGACUACGAUCAGAUACUCUGAACAGGCAGCCCACCAAGCCAUGAGAAAGGAGAUCAUCCACACCCCUGACCUCAGCGACAUAUACAACAACAUCAUGCAUACGGUCACGACUACUCGGCAGACAGAAGGCCUUUUGUUGGGUGCAAACACGUACCAUUCAACCACCAAGUCAGUCUUGAAAAACAAGGGUCAAGCAGAGAUUGUUGACCUCAUGCGCUAUCUCAAAGCCGAAAUCUUUAUUAGUCUUGACAACUGGCGUGCAAAGCCCUUGGCGGAUUGGUUCAACAUGGUUCACGACGCUCGUCUAGAGAAGAAGUUCAGGAACAAAUACUGGGCUGCCAAUCAAAACGCCAGCAUGAGCAGCCUUCCUUCCUUGUUCAGGAAGACCAGGAAACCUCUCAUCAACUCCAACACCCAGCUUGCCGACGUGUAUUACGUGGAUGCCAGAAAGAUCAUGCGCCGCUCUGUCCGGGUUCCUGGACCUGAACAUCCCAUCAUUCAAAGUGCCGUUGCCAUCAUGGUGCGAGCCGAUGAGUAUUCGAGCUUCAAGGAGACUCAGCCGCUCAUUGUUCAAGUCUGGAUAGCCUGGUGUCUUUUCCAAGACGACCCUUGA